AUGUACAUUUUCAUUGGAUUGACUUAUGUUCUAUCAUCGCUACACAUUGCACUCGCCUUGAUUAAUAUCAUUGUUGGAAUAAUCUCACAAAGUCGAGAGUCUGUUUGGAUGGCAUAUAGCAUCUCACCUCUGUGGAGCGGCUUCUUUUUUGCUCUUUGCGGUGCAAUCGGAAUGAUAUGUGCACGUCAAAAAGGUCUCUACGUGAUUCUAUGCUAUGUAGCAACAAGUGUCGUCACACUUGUCGUCGAUUGUGUUAAUAUUCAAUUGCUACGAUUAGGCCUAGUUAAUAUAAUGACGGAUGGACAAGCGUACAUGAAAGAACAAAAAGAUCGACUUUUAUUCGUGGGAUUAAUUAUUUCAUUAAUUGAAUGUUUAACAUGUUUAUUAAGCAUUUCGGUGGGCAUACGCUUAUCAUUUGAUGCUGCAAAUAGCAAAUUUCGCAAGAAAGAAGGCGCAUUUUUUGUUCAAGUUCUAUCGGAAAAAGAUAUUGUCGUUGUUUCUAAACCACCAUCAUCAUCAUCAAGACAAUCGGGUUCAAUUCGUGAAUCUUUUCAAUCAUUCGCUCGAUCAUCGACAUGA